AUGGAGAAGGUUAGAAGAGCUUCCCAUGCUGGUUCUUGGUACUUCGACAAUCCUACAAAGCUUUCAGAACAACUAGAAGAAUGGCUGAGAUUAUGUGGUCUUACUAAGUCUGGUGAUGUACGAGGAAUAAUAGCACCGCAUGCUGGUUAUUUCUAUAGUGGACGAACUGCUGCAUAUGCCUUUGCAAACAUUGAUCCAUCUAACAUUACAAGGGUAUUCCUUCUUGGUCCUUCUCACUACUGUGUCACUUCAAAUUGCGCUCUUUCAACUGCAACAGUUUACGAGACACCCAUUCGGAAUCUACACGUUGAUUUAGAAGUAAAUGAGCAGCUUAAAGCUACGCAGAAAUUUGAACUGAUGGAUAUUCACGUUGAUGAGGCUGAACAUAGCAUGGAAAUGCACCUACCAUAUAUUGCUAAAGUGUUUGAGGGGCGAGAGGUUAAAAUUGUACCCAUCUUAAUUGGUGCUCUUAGUGAGGAGAAUCAAGCCAUGUACGGGCAGAUACUUUCUAAAUAUGUGGAUGAUCCAAAUAAUUUUUUCUGUGUGUCAUCAGAUUUCUGUCAUUGGGGAUUGCGAUUUAAAUACGUAGACUAUGUGAAGGAACAUGGACCUAUAUACAAAUCUAUUGAGGCAUUAGACAAGCUGGGGAUGGAUAGCAUAGAAUCAGGAGAUCCAGACACAUUCAGACAAUAUCUGUCGGAAUCUAAAAAUACGAUAUGCGGAAGCCGUUCAAUCAGUGUUUUUCUCCAUAUGCUGAGGAAUUGCUCGACAAAGAUAAAGAUAGAAUUUCUUAGCUAUGAGCAGUCGAAUCAGUGCAGAACUAUACGGGAUAGUGGUGUGAGUUAUGCAUCCGCAGCAGCAAAGAUUGAUGGUUCGAGCUCCAUAUGA